CCUCAUCCUCCAUUCCUAGUUCUCUCUUCCUCCAACUCGUGGACAACCAUGAAAAGUUAGAAUGGAUCUUGCGGGCUCUUCGACACCUACGCAAACCUCUUCUCCUUCUCGGGACUACAACCCCCGGAAACGCGGCCGGACGGCAUGCACGCGCUGUAAGACUAGGAAGCAGAAAUGUGACAAUGAGUAUCCCGUCUGCUCCAACUGCCAGAAAGCCGGGGCGUUAUGUGACAAAGCCACCGUGCGACAGGAGAACGGAGUCCAAAAUGAGUGGGAUUCCUCGUCUCCCCCACCUUGGCCGAGUCGUUGUACUGACUACUGACACUGGUAGAUACACCCGUGCGUUGCAGGACCGCAUCGCCUAUCUCGAGUCCCAGUUGGAUUCGAGACCCAUGAGUAGCCGGGCCAGCAGCCAUGUCGCCCAUCCAGUUGCUGCCCUCCUGUCCCCCCAGAAUCCGGAGACGCCGAAUAACCCGGCAACCGGUCUUGAUCAAAAUGCUGUGGGGGAGUUGGUGGGGUUCCUGGCGCUCAACUCCUCGGAGGCACCUGCAUACGUGGGCUCCAGCUCAGGCCUCUCCCUAGCUACAAGUCUGGGGGAAAUGGUCCAAGCGACGGUGUGGAACCAGGCUCUGUCCUCCACACGAACAGCAGCUGCGGGCAGAUCUGGGCCUGCAGCGAGACAAGGAACCACGGGGCUCCCCCCGCAGCCUCCGGGCGGGGAGAAGAAAAGUAGUAGCAGUGAUCGACUUCGACCGCCACGAGUGGAGGAGGGGUUGGUUCAAGGCAGCGAACCUCCCAACGAUGAGAUGGGAACACAGAUCCUCCACGCCUAUCUAACCCGGAUCCAUGUCCGCUACCCGUUUCUCGACCGCGCGGAGUUGUGGCGCCUGCAUGAGGCCCGCUGGCGCCUGGCGAAGAAGAAGCGAGAGGAACUUACCAAGGAGGAACGAUUUGGCAUUUUCCAGCUGUAUCUCGCAUACGCGAUCGGAGCUACAACAAUUCAGAUCAGUGAGAAUUACACAUAUAUCUCACCAGAGCGAUUCUACAUGACCGGGUUGCAGCAAAUACCAUCUAUGUGUGAAAUGCGAUCUGUCAAAAACAUUGUAGCUAUGACAUUGUUGAUCGUGUAUCACCUUCGCUCUGCGUCCAGCCAAGGGAUGUGGUACAUGGUGGGCCUCGCCAUGCGCACUGCUAUUGAUCUAGGGCUGCAUCGAAAGGCAAAUGAGAUCAACAUGGAUCCCUUUACUGCGCAAAUGCGGCGGCGUUUAUUCUGGACUGUCUAUUACCUGGAGCGCGUCGUGUCAAUGUCACUGGGUCGUCCGUUUAGCAUUGCAGAUAGACACAUCGACCUUCCUUUGCCAGCCGAUGUCGACGACGAUGUUCACGAUCCAGCCUUGCUAGCCGCGCCUACUCCCACCAGAAUUACCACCUUGACCUUUGCCAUAUUCCUCAUGCGACUCCGCCGUAUUGACUCGGAGAUCCAGCAUAAGAUCUAUCGGGCUGAUCGACCGCUGCACACUCUACGCUCGAAGAUGGACCGAUUGUUCCUCAAACUCGAGGAGUGGAGGGAGUCAGCCCUGCGGCGAUUCACCGGAUCUGACCUGGAUUAUCCAAUGCUGCACUAUAACCGAGCCCUCCGACUCCUGAUCCAGCCAUUCCUCCCCUCGCUUCCUCUCUCGGACCCCUACUAUCACAUCUGUCUCCGCGCGGCCGGAAAUACAUGCCAGACCCACAAGAGGUUACACCAGACGCUCGAGUAUGGCCAUUCCUUCCUUGCCGUCCAGACCAUCUUCAUGGCCGGGAUCACUCUGCUGUAUGCCCUUUGGACGCACACGAGCGACGUUUGGUCAGUCCAGAUGAGCAACGACAUCCGAGCCUGCUCGACCGUCUUAUUCGUCAUGGGCGAACGAGCCGAAUGGGUCAAGAAAUACCGCGACGCGUUCGAGCUGCUAGUCAACGCAGCCAUGGAGAAGUUAGAGGGGAGUGACGCAUCCAAAAAGGUGGGUAUGGCAGAACUCAUGACGGCCCAACACAGCGGUGGCACCAAUGCAGGAAUGUUCAGGGACCAUCAUCCAAGCUCCACCACUGGCGUGGCGCCCGAUACGAACCCAACUGCGCAAGCAGACCCAACCAGUCAGGACCAUGGCGUGCGAAUGGCCCUGCAGAUCGCCCCUUGGAUUGAUCUCGAAGAGGAUAGUCCGUUCUGGAUGCCGGAUUUCGAGACCCUCGAAACUCUAUCGGGGGGUCUGUGGGAUAGUGGCGAUCUAGCUCCGUUUGGGCCUCUCUAA